AUGUUGCGCUAUCAUAUGAAGGGCCACAGUGGAUAUGGCGUUCAGUAUUCGCCAUUUUACGAUAGCAAAUUGGCUGUCGCUACCGGGUCGAACUUUGGAUUAAUAGGGAAUGGAAAACUAUACAUACUGGAUAUUGGGAAGACCGGUGAGAUUCAAGAGUCUAAUGUUUUUCUAACACAAGACGGGCUUUUUGACGUGGCUUGGAAUGAACUACAUGAGAAUCAAGUUUUGGCAGCACAGGGGGACGGAUCUCUGCGGCUCUUCGAUAUCAAACUGAAAGAUCUCCCGAUUGCGAUCUUUAAAGAACACGAAAAGGAGGUCUUUAGCUGCAAUUGGAACUUGAUAAAUAAGCAGACAUUCGUCAGUAGCUCUUGGGAUGGGUCUGUCAAAAUUUGGUCACCCUCAAGAGCUCAAAGUCUCACAACGCUAAUCCCUAGGCCUACAGGUACGCAAUACUCUGUGGCCCGUCAUACAGAUGUUCCCAUGUCAAAUCAACAGCAGCAUUCUUCGCUAUCGAAGAACAAACAGUGCAUUUAUCAGGCGCUUUUCUCACCUCACGAUCCUAAUGUAGUGAUGAGCUGCGCUGGUAAUUCUUACGUUACCGUGUUCGAUCUCAGACAACCUGCACAAGGUAAUCAGUAUAACUUCAUGGCCCAUAAUGGAAUGGAAACUUUGACGUGUGAUUUCAAUAAAUAUAGGCCCCACAUUGUUUGCACAGGCGGCGUAGAUAAUAUGAUCAAAGUGUGGGAUUUGAGAAUGGUGAGGAAAGUCAGUGCCAACGCUAGACAGCCUAUGAGUAUCAAUGAAAUUUGCGGACACCAGUUGGCCAUUAGAAAAGUGAGUUGGUCUCCACAUCAUUCUAACAUGUUACUUUCUACCUCCUAUGAUAUGACCUGCCGAGUUUGGCAAGAUUUGAGUGAUAACGGUGGCCGACCCACAGGAAAGACCAAUAGUGUUGAUCCUAGAAAUGGAUGCAGAAAGAUAUUCCAAUACCAUACGGAGUUUGUGUUUGGCGCUGACUGGAGUUUAUGGGGCGCACCUGGAUACGUUGCCACAACGGCUUGGGACGGUAACGUUUGCAUUUGGAACGCUUACGAGAUGUGA